CCUCGCCUUAAACUUGUCAUAAUUGGCUUCAGCAUACACAUUAUGGGGCGUGUUUUGGUUUAAUGCAAUUUGUGACCUAGUCGAAAGGUUACAGCUGUGGCCUGUAUUCGCUGAAAUCGAACACUGCCAGUCGCGCGGGAUAGAUCAAUAAAGUGCGAGACUGGCAGCCGAGUGUGUCGCUGUUUUUCAGGCAACACCGCACAAGCCAGCGAGACAGCGGGUAGAGUAAGCUUUCUCUACUCCGCGAGCCCCCUUCAAACUGAUAGCCGCCGGUGGGACGAUGCCAACCGCUGAACCGAACAAGCACAGCCGCUGCUACUGAACUGUUCACCGAAGCGCCCUGUUGUUCGACUGAGCGGUUGUGCAGGGCGCUCUCUAAUUCAUCGCAGCGCCGUAAACUAAAGUCGCGGGUGUCCCCGAAGAUGCGCAUGGACCCGAGCAUCCUUCCAGUCCUAUGUGGAGUGAUGGUGAUGGUCUCCAGCUGCCUUGGCGCAAGGGUUGUGAGCGGUCAGACAAUCUGCCAGGGGGGACCGGAGAACCCGUGCUACAAGAUCGCCUACUUCCGGGACGUGUCCAGCCGGGUGGCAUUUCGGGAGGCGAGGCAGGUGUGUGAGAUGGACGGCGGGGCACUGCUGAGCGUGGAAAGCCCAGCAGAGCAGCAGCUCAUUGAACGCCUCCUCCAGGAGCUCAGCUCGAGCUCCUCCUCCAACCCCGCCCACUCUGAGCCCGGCAUCGCCGACGGCGACUUCUGGAUUGGCCUGACCCGGGACGGAGAGCCUCAGGACCAAGGUGGCUUUGCCUCCUGCCCUGACCUGUACAGGUGGGCUGACAACAGCGUCUCGCAGUUCAGGAACUGGUACUAUGAUGAGCCGUCUUGUGGGGGAGAGGCCUGUGUGGUGAUGUACCACCAGCCCACUGCUCUCCAUGGGCUGGGCGGGCCCUACCUGUACCAGUGGAAUGAUGACAGGUGUAAUAUGAAGCACAACUUCAUCUGCAAGUAUGCGCCAGAGAGCCUGCUGGACAAGGAGUUUUCAGACCGACCACGAGAACCAGUUUACGAAAGAUGGAUAAAGGAGGAAGAAAGGGAGGACAAAAGAGGAGGAUGGCUGAUUAUUUUUGUGGAUGUGUCCCCGAAACAGCCAGAAGAGAGUGACCCCUCUGUUACUAACGAAGAGGGGGCUUCCCAUGUUCUGGUGGUUGGCCCCUCUGGGCUGCUCCUGGUCUAUGUGAUCAUCCCCACCAUUCCGCUUCUCCUGCUGAUUGUGGUGGCCUCAGGAACCUGCUGCUUUCAGAUGCUCAGCAAGAGCAAACCACGGACCAAAACCAGCAUGAAUCAGUCAACGCUGUGGAUCUCAAAAACGCCCAAGGCUGACAAUGGUAUGGAGGUGUGAACAACAGGCUAACCCAAACACAGCACACCGGAUAAUAAUUAUGAUGUAGAUACAAAUCAAACUUGUAUUUCCUUUUUACUGGACUACAGGGCAGCACCAUAGGAGAUGUCUUCACCAAACACCAGAGCCAAACUCCACACACAGCUGAAAUACUCAAAUACACCUGAAAGUAGCUGCACUUACACCACUGACAAACUCCACACACAGCUAACCAAAAUGCACCUAAAACAAUAACUCUACACACACCUGAGCCAAACUCCACAUAUACCUUACCCAAAUGCACCUGAAACUAACUCUACACAAACACCUGAGUUAAAUUCCAUAUACACAUAAGUAAAAAACACCUGAAACUAACAGCACACACACCUGAGCUAAACUCCUGUAACUAAUACUGUAACUCAAAUACACCUGAAGCUAGCUGCACAUACACUUAAUUUCCAUACGUACCUAAACCAAAUGCACCUGAAACUCCACACAUACAGGCUAAACUCCAUAUACACAUAACCCAAAUAAACCUGUCCCCAACACACCUGACAAAAAUGCCAAACACACCAGAUCUGAAAGGGGUAUAAUUAUGCUUCACUGCUCAGAGUGAGCAUGUGAACAGUAUCUGGUCUGCAUAUUUUGAUAAAUCCAAGCAUGAAAUGUUAACAAACAGCGCAGUGUACCAGCAUAGAAUCUAAAUUAUCCACACAUAAGCAUCAAAGGAAAAUAUAAUGAAGACAUUGGAUUGUUUAACAUUUUGGCAUAGCUCCUUGAAUCCAGAAAGACCAAAAAAACUAAGUUACACAUUAUUUUAAGCGUUAAUCAGUUUGUGAGUUAAUCACUGACUAACUUAUGAUACUUAUAUUAUACGAAAGCCUGGAUUCAAUUGUUUGUAACUUUGACCUCAAUUAAAAACAUACAUGCCCACUUAAUUCCAUUAGAGGGACUUAUGAACAGAUAUGAUACACUGAAUUGUGACUUGAAAAUAAAUGCAACUGUAUCUAUAAUCAGUGUAAACACAUUAAUCUCAUGAACGUUUGUCAUUGUAUAACUGAAAACAGAAAAAUAAGAUCAGCAAAACAUAGAAAAUUAAGAUUAGCAUAAUCAGAUUUUGUUGGAAAUAUACAAAUAGUAUUUAAGUUAAGAUCUCACUUUGAGCCUCUGUUUGUUUUUAACAUGUAUGUUCCAUAAAUCAGAGGCUAAUACUAUUGUACCCUUACACAUUAUAACAGUCCAUUAAACUUUUCACAAUAAUGGACUGAAAAUGGAAUGUCAGUCAUUUGCACUUGAUAUUUAUUAAAUGUUUUCAUCUUAUAUUCUUUACAGAUGAAGACACAGAUUAUGAUUUUUUGGAAAAUGAUAAAUCAGCUCAUGUUGCAUAGGAGGUUCUUAUCAUCGAUCACUGAAGAGAAAUGCUACAGUAACUAUGGCCUGAUGCAUUUACAUAACAUUUACUAGAUGCUCUAAUACAGAGUGAAUUACACAAGUGCACACAUAAAGAUUGCACACAUGAAGAGUUCAUGGUUAGUUGGAUGAGGAAGCCAGAGAUCUUGGCAUCCCUUUUCACAAGAUUCUUCAUGUGAAAUUUCUAAGUCAAUCAGAGAUACCAUCGUCAGGGGGAGUGCACAAUGUUAUGUUCGUUGGCAGCGUAGACCUUAUUGGCGUAUCUGUCAAAGGUAGAUGAGGAGUGACUCAUUACAGCCCAAGCAGGAAGUUAAGAAAACCAUAAUGCUCAGCUAAUGUACAUUAGGUCCUUAGCUGGGCCCUUGCAUCACUGAAGCCUUUUGUGUUUUUAUCCUGCUUAAUGUACACAGGUAGAGAUGCUGAUGCAUUGUUGGCUUUAUGUGCCACUUUUAGGAGACUGUCUCCACAUAAAUGAUCUGUGCUCACAGGUAGCCAGCAUGAUAAUCACAAACAGCUAAUCCCCGUCUGUUGUUCCGUAUUGAAGAUUUAGUUCUGCUUGAGCAAACUCAGUGGGAGGACCUGCUGGGACUGCUUGGUUAGAUGUAAUAUGCACAUGCUGAAUGACUCAGUCAUUGGUUUUAGUGUAAAUCCAGCUGAAGUGUUCCCAAAAACACAGUCGUAACAAAAAAUGAACUUGUCCCAAACAGAACUGGCCAAAACACACAACAUACCUGUCCCAGAACUAAUCAUCUUAAACACAUAACACAGCAUAAUGCUGCUCGAUCACAACUGACCAAAACACUUUACGCUCUUGUCCCAAACACGGUCAACCAAAACGCAUAAUGCAGCUGAUCAAAAAAACAAUUGAUCCAAAUUAUGCACCCAUUCCUAACACAGUUGAUCCAAAGAAAAUUAACUUGUCCCAAACGCAAGAGAACCAAAUGCAUAAUGCAGCUGUCCCAAACACAGUUGACUCAAACUCAUUAGGCACCUGUCCUGUAGGCAAUCGACGCAGUUGAACCAAACGCAGUUCACCAAAACUCAUUACACACCUAUUCUGAACACAGUGGACAAAAACACAACAACACAAAUACAUUACGCACUACUCCCAAACACAAUUGUUUUAGAAAAGCAAUCUAAUUCUGUGGCUGCUGGACUUGCUGAAGAGAGAAUAGUGUGGAGUUCAGUUUGACUUGGUCAUUCAAGAGCUAAACUGUCAGUCUGCAACCCUGCCCAUCUCCCUCCUGCUAAUUGACCAGGAGAAUUAAAAUGAUUUGGAAUCAGAACAGGUUAAGGACAAGAAUGUGUUGAAGUUGGUGUGUGUAUCAAUGCAUUGGAACUGGAAUGCUUUUGGCUUUACAGUGCGCUGCUGUUAAAUUGUGCUGAAACUAGAAUAUUUUUCUGUUAAGAGCGUGUUGGCAAUAAAAAUUUGUGAAAGUUGCAGUAUGUUCGUGGGGAUUGCACCCCAUCCCCCAGAGGCAUUUGCAUCUGUUUAUUUCCUUUUUUGUUUAUCCAUAUAUUCAGCAGAACUUAGAAAUAUUUAGGAACAAUCACUAUCAUUUCACCCACAUACAUACACUGUCACACACGCACACACACACACAUACACACACACAUGCACACAAACACAUGCACACACACAUACACGUACACACAAAAACACACAGGCUCUGGCAUCGUCAGCUAUAUUUACAGUUUCAAAUCUCAGAAAUUUGUCACUUCUGAAUGCACCAUCUCUAACCAGUCUGAAAUCAGAACUCCAUUAACAACAAACAGUGAGGCUCACACUAAUUGAGUCAUACAGAAUGAUCAAAUUACUCUUAAAAUAAUAUAAAUAAAAGGGAUAAAAGGGAAAUUAAAUGUUUGAAUUCCUCUGUGAUGCAAAUUUGACUGAACCAAUCUGUCGGAUCACCGUCAAAAUACCCAUCAGCAAAGAGCAUGGCAAAACUGGGCCAACUCAGCAGAGAGGCUACAAAGGAAAUUAUUUUAAAUGGAUAAAACUAUUCAUUCAAAAACGAUUCAAAGCUGAGAAAUCUCUUCAGGUCUGUUUAAUUUCUGUGUGUACAGUAAAUUCAAGCUUGUGGCUGUCUCCUGCUGCUGAUCGUUUUAAGCUGUCCCCAUUGCUUCACACACGAGUGGAGAAGAAACGGGCUCUUCAGCCCGUUCAAAUGUCAAAUCUGCCUUGUAUUUGCAAAGAUUGAAGAGUCCACCAUUCACAUACUGUAUCAUGGACUGAACUUGGUGUAAAAGGAAGUUUCAGAAUUUUAAGGUGUGUGUGUGUUUGCAUGUGUGUGUAUGUGUAUGUGGAAGAUUGUUGGACAUGGAGCAUUUAAAGCCUAAUUGUUAGGUUGCGCCUGUUUUUAAAUGGAUAGAUUUUAAGCUAAAUAGGUUCCAGUUGUUGAAAUGUUCUUGUUAAUGAGUCACUGUGAUUUUCAGGGGUUGUGUGUUUCAUACUUUUCUUUAAUUUUGGGAAAUGACCUAUCCUUAAACUCAGUGGUUACUGUAAAGAAAAAGAGCUAAUGUAAAACACAUACAUUUUCCACUUUUGCCUUGUUCUGACAAUUCAGAUUAAAAUGCUAUAUAUGAUAAUGUCA